CAAAAAAAUUUUAAAAAGAAAAGAAAUUUGCGUAAAGAAAACAAAGGGUCUCUCAUUUCUUCCACAGUGAAAGACACAAAAGGGGGAAGAUGGAGAAGAACUGAGAAAGACAAAGCAGAGAGAGAGAGAGAGACCCAAAUGCUGGUGCCCUUUUCAUCUCCAAAUCGGAGGAUCGGGUUGUGUUUUCAAAGAUCUCAUACCUUCAUUGCUGCCUUUACCAUUCAAUUCCACGAUCGUUUCUGCAUUACCCUACUCUCCCAGUUUUCAAUAAUCUACAUUCUGACAUGGGGAUUUCUGGUGUGCAGUUUUGCUGAUUAUGAUUGGUGCCAGGUGAAAAUGAUGGUGAAAAACUGAAAAUUGUAUUUUUUUAUGUGAAAUCAUCUGAAGAGUGAUAUAGUUUUACCUCUAGUAAACAAAAAUGAAGCCUGACACACUACUUGACUAUGCUGUGCUCCAAUUGUCUCCAAAGCGUUCAAGGUGUGAGUUGCUUGUUUCAAGUGAUGGAACCUCUGAGAAACUAACAUCAGGAUUAGUAAAGCCAUUCUUGACCCAUUUAAAGGUUGCGGAAGAGCAGGCUUCACUUGCAGUCCAAUCAAUUAGACUAGAAAUUGAUAGACAUAAGAAUGCUGAGACUUGGUUUACAAAAGGGACAUUUGAGAGGUUUGUGCGGUUUGUUGGCAUGCCUGAGAUUUUAGAAAUGGUCGCUACCUUUGAUGCAGAGAUGACACAAUUGGAAGCAGCACGAAAAAUAUAUUCUCAGGGGGCAGGAGACCAGCGUGCUGAGUCACAAGGUGGGGAUGGAACAGGAGUCAUUGCAGCGGCAGAUGCAACCACGAAGGAACUCCUAAGAGCCAUUGAUGUAAGACUCGGUGCAGUUAGGCAGGACUUAACCUCAGCAUGUGCUCGUGCAUCAGCAUCUGGUUUUAAUCCCCACACUGUCUCUCAUCUCAAACUCUUUGCAGAUCGAUUCCGUGCCCACCGCUUGAAUGAAGCAUGUGCUAAAUAUUUGUCACUGUAUGAAAGAAGACCAGACCUUAUCAGCACCUGGAAGCCAGGUGGCGAUGACAGGGAUCUCCGGUCAUCAGUUAACUCUGACAUGUCCAUUGACAACGACGAUGACCAAUCAAAGCCUUCCACGUGGCAACAGCCCAAAGCCAUUGGCAACUUCGCUUCACUACGACGUAGCGCCAGCAACAACGACGUAAACCAGAAAGGUGACGAAGCCAAGGACGCCGCCACCAAAGACGACACCACCGAGUCCUCACCGUCGCCGUCGUCGUCAACGACCUCCUCAGCGGCACCGUCGGCGCGGCGGCUCAGCGUGCAGGACCGGAUCAACCUCUUCGAGAAGAAGCAGAAGGAGGGCUCCUCAGGUAAACCGGCGGAGCUUCGGAGGAUGUCCUCCGACGUCUUGCGGCGGUGGAGUGGCUGCAGUGACAUGAGCAUUGACGGUAGCGGCGAGAAGAAGCUCUCUGAAGAGAGCCCUUUGUCUUCGUCCACGUCCUCUGUUCCGCAGAACAACUCCUCUGUUGCCACCACCUCCGAAGAAAACUCAGAGAAUGUUGCGAAAACUGAUCAUGGGUCUUUUCAGGAGAGUGAAAACGUUUCUGUUUAUGGAGAUGAGAGGAGUGGAGGGUUUAAGGAUGAAGUGGGUGCUUCUGGGCCACCAUUGAAGGGUUCUUCUUCGGGUUCGGAAGAGGUUGUUUGUUCCAUGUUGUCUUCUGGAGAUGGGUUGUGUGAUGUGAAGGUUUCUGGUGGGAUGAAAAGUCAUGUGGUUGCGCCGUCACUUGUUAAGGUCCACCGUAUUCAUUCACGAUCUCUUUCAGCUCAAUUUGAAGGUGGCGUGGCACUCAAACAGAGGGAUGCUUCUCCUGUUCAGGUUGAGGGUGUUCAUCAAUCUACAUCUCAGGACUCUUCUUCAUCUUCAUUAAUAGCCAAGCAGCAAAAGGACGAGGAUUCUCAAGUUCCAAAAAUGAAGUACCAAAAAACGGUACCUGCUACUCAGGAAAAAACCAGCAUGCCAUCAGGUAAAAGGGAUGAAACUCGGGGUGGUAAUGAAAGUAGCAGGUUGAAUUAUCCUGGUAAACAAGUUUCGGAGAGUCACGGUAAUGCUCGGGUAGCCUCAGCUGUGCCUCAAGAGCAGGCUCAGAGAGUAAGGCAGACUAAAGGAAAUCAGGAGCUACAUGAUGAGCUGAAAAUGAAGGCGGAUGAGCUUGAAAAGCUUUUUGCAGAGCAUAAAUUGAGGGUUCCUGGGGAACAAUCUGGUUCUGCACGGAGAAUUGAGCCUGCGGCGGAUGCACAUGUUGAACAGACUGUUAGCUCACAGCAUAGAAGACCUGUUGUGGGGGAUUCAACUCCUCAGCCGCCUUCUAGAAGCACUGUGUCUGAACCAGCUGCAAGUUCUAGCAAUUUGACAAACUUUGAUGCUAAGUCGUCGCAAACUAAGUCAGGGGACAGUCACAAUUAUGGCGAUGCUCUAAGGCAAAAUUUCUCGGAACUUAACUUUGGUGAUGAUUCUAGGGGUAAAUUUUAUGAAAAGUACAUGAAAAAAAGGAAUGCUAAACUUCAGGAAGAAUGGAGUUCAAACAGAGCAGAGAAAGAAGCUAGGAUGAAGGCCAUGCAGGAUAGUCUUGAGCGGAGCAGAGAGGAGAUGAAGGCCAAGUUUUCAGGGUCAACAAAUAGACAAGGUUCACUAACAGGCGCUCAUCGUGCUGAGAAACUUGGAUAUUUCAAAUCAAAUAAUAAAAGAGACCAGCAUCCAAUAGAUUUGCUUCAGAAUGAAGAGGUUGAAGAUCUUUCUGAAUUCUCAGAAGAAAAGAUUUAUGGUGCUUCAAGGCAAACUAGGAAAGUAUUUCCUAACAGACAUGUGCCUCCAGGCGCACCUCGCACAACAGCAGCGUCAAUCUCACGCUCAUCUGGCAGGCGAAGAGAAAAUCCUCUUGCUCAGUCGGUUCCAAAUUUCUCUGAUUUAAGAAAAGAAAAUACAAAGCCUUCUUCUGGAGUCAGUAAAACGACCCGCUCUCAGGUGAGAAACUAUGCCCGUAGCAAAAGCUCUGCUGAAGAAGCGCAAGGUAUCAAGGAAGAGAAGGUAAAGCAAACUCAGUCUUUGCGGAAGAGCUCUGCUAAUCCUGCAGAGUUUAAGGAUUUGUCCCAUUUGAACUCAGAUGGGGUUGUCUUGACUCCAUUGAAAUUUGAUUUGGAUGAGACUGAUCUGGGACCUUAUGAUCAACCAUCAAGGUCUUUCACUAAAACAGGUAAUAGUGUAGGCCCUGGUUCUGGAGGCAAUGCUAUCAGGAAUAAAGCUUCAGCGGCAUCUCAUACUCAUAAAAAUAAAUUUGAUGACCUAGAAUUUGAUAUGGAAGAUUCUUUGCAUAUGGCGACAGAGGAAGAAGAUGAAAUCGGAACUGUGGCCAUCGAAGACUGCACUUAUAAUAAUAAUGGAAAGGUGAGCCUGAGCCAAGAAUCUGGGAAAUCUGGUAAUUCUGGGUCUGAAAUUGGUGAUUCUACAAGGUCUCUUGCUCAGGUAGACUCUGUUUCAGGGGGUGAAAUGCCUACUGAAUAUCCAUCAAAUUUCAACGGGGUAGGAUCUCUGCAGGACUCUCCAGUUGGAAGUCCAGUGUCAUGGAACUCACACGUGCCUCAUCCCUUUUCUUACCCACACGAAUCCUCUGACAUUGAUGCUUCUGCGGAUUCUCCAAUUGGCAGCCCUGCGUCUUGGAAUUCUCAUUCCCUAAACCCGGGAGAGAAUGAUGCUGCUCGAAUGAGGAAAAAAUGGGGAAGUGCUCAAAAGCCGUAUUUUGUUGCUAAUUCAUCCCAGAAUCAACCCCGCAAGGAUGUCACAAGAGGUUUUAAGCGAUUACUUAAGUUCGGCAGAAAGACUCGUGGGUCAGAGAGUUUGGUUGAUUGGAUCUCUGCUACAACUUCUGAAGGAGAUGAUGAUAUGGAAGAUGGUCGAGAUCUUGCAAACCGGUCAUCAGAAGACUUGAGGAAAUCACGAAUGGGGUUCUCUCAUGGUCAUCCUUCUGAUGACAGCUUCAAUGAUAGUGAGCUGUUCAAUGAGCAGGUUCAAUCCAUGCAAAGCUCUAUCCCUGCACCUCCCGCUCAUUUUAAACUAAGGGAUGAUCAUAUAUCAGGAAGUUCAAUAAAAGCUCCCAAAUCAUUUUUUUCACUCUCAACCUUCCGAAGCAAGGGCAGUGACUCGAAACCAAGAUGAAAUUUCACCGAGUAGGCUGGCAAGUAAUUUGGAUCAUCUUCAACGGUAAGGUGUAAAGGACAACAUUAAACGCGAUACAGAAAAGAGAGACAGGCACGGUACAUGAAAGAUAUAUGAUGGGGUUAUGUAUAUUUUCUUGGACUAUGAGGUUUUCCCCUACGAUUUAGUUAGCAAUGUUUGUGUUGAAAUAUGAUGCAUACUGUAGUCAAUGAUGAGUCGCCUAUUGGUGCACUGUCAUUGUAAUUUUGGCAGUAGUGGCAUUAUUUUACCCGUUUAUUUUUGAUCUACUUGUGUGAUGUAUAUCAGAAUUGAACCCCCUAUUAGAAUGAAUCAGUAUAGACGAAUUUAAGAAGAGUAAUGUGGUUGCGGAGUAUAAUAAUAGCUUUCAAAAGUUUAUUACUCUUUCUCCUCAAAGAUUAAGCAAAGAUAAUUGGCUUGUUAUCUUCUUUAUUCUUUGCUGAAGGACACAUCACUGUACUCUUAACUGUAUAAACUCGGCUAUUAUUGUUUAUUUUCAUGAUAUACAUGUUCAAUUACUUGUAA